UUUUGAUCCGAGUGAUGGGCAGACGAUGAAGAUCUCUUUCAGCCAUCAUUAAGACAAAGAAGAGAAACUUUGAAUUUCUCCUCCCUUAGCUUUCGUUAAAAUUCAAGAAAUUUCUUCGCUCAUCAUGGCUCAAAGGAUUCUUCAACAAGUGAGCUUAUCAGCAACAUUCCUUCUCAUAUUUAUUGUGAUGUCUUCUAGUGGAGCCUCAAUUUACAAGUUUCAAAAGGCCUACAAAAGUCACUAUCCACUCGACAAAAGUCGAAUAGAUCGAAGGAUCGCAGGACGAGAUUCACCCAUUCACUUCAUCACUCCCUUAGUUUCCAUUCCCCAGUCCUUGGAUGUAUUCUCCAACUUUUUCUCACCUCCAGCUAACUUCGGACCUGCUCGCCCUUCGCCACUUUACAAACUGCCAUUGAAACUAUUCACCAAUGGCAAGCCUCAUAAUGUGAUGCUUCAAUCGAUGCAAAGGCCACAGAGUAUCAUCGAUUAUUUACCACAAGCCAUGUCCAAAAUCAUAAGACUACCGAUAAAAUAUAUGUCUAAUGCCAAACCAGUUGGAGUGUACUUCGACGACCCAUCCUUUAAUUACAUCUGAAAGAUAGGUUUAACAGACUUAAUGUGUUAUUCGAAGGAUUGAUUUUUGUUUCUAAAGAACUAUUAUGGAAGUUUACAUGGAUGUUCCAUUCAUCAACAUUUUAAAUCUAUCACUCUUACCUUGGAACAUGAAACAAUUGAAUCAUCCGUUCACGAAUGUUCGCUUGUUGUUUGGUGGAAGUGAAAGUCAUUGUUUUUAGAGUUGACAUUUCUCGGCCAUUCAACUCAACAAAUUUCAGCUCAAAUUAAAUGUUUGACAGCGUAUUGCAGCAAAAAAGGAGUUUAUCUCGUCUACGAAGGUGUGAUUUCAUUUUGACAGUUUAGCAUUACUUUUGCUGCAACAAUAUCAAAAAAUCACGUAAUUGUGAAAUUAUGCAAAACCAUUUCUAUGAAAGUUGCUCAAAGCACUUAUAUUUUUGUAUAUAAAUGUUAUAUGCAUUAUCACACUCACAGCUUUAUACAAUUUAAGCUAUAAGUUAAAAAAUCUAAUAUUGCUCGGUCCAAUUUUCAUUGCAAAUUCGGGCCAAACAAAAUGAGAUGUUUCAAUGUAUUCAUCCAACUCCAUGUAAUUAUUAUUUCAGUUUGUGACAACAUUUCAAAGAUUUUAAAUGGUUUUAUACAUUAUGAAGACAAAAAAAAAAAUAUUUUACAAGGGGAAUCAUUGACGCAACGUUUAAAAUGCAUAAACAGCAAUAAAAUUACAUAUGAGGCUGGGAGAAGCAAAGGGAUGUAAAUGGACAUUUUCAAGUUUUGAGUAAAACGCAUAUGAAGAUUACCUCCUAGGUAAGCUUUCAUUGAAUUUUUUUUCUAAAGCAUGCUAUACAGCAGCACCUACCAGAGCUACUAGUACUAUCUCUUGGCCCUAGACAGAGGAGGGGUUCACCUACCAUUUGUACUGGUUAUCUACAAAUUAAAUUUUGCCACUUGCAUCCUUUUGUUUGUCAAUACCUCAUAUGCGUUUUGGGGAUACGAGAAACUCAUUUUUUAUUGUUAUUCGUGCACUUUAAAAAUAGUUUCAAUGUAUUAACUUUUCACCCAAAGAUAACCACUAAGAUUAAUUUUCACUACCACACGAGUUGCCUUAAUAUGAAAAUCAGUCCUCUAUAAACUUUCUAUUUACCAUAUUUAAUUUUAAUUAAUGAUACCUUAAAACAAGCAACAAAUGUUACAAAAUGGGGAGAAUAAAAUUUCGUAAAGCGGGCGGUUUUCUUGAAUAGUUCAGGGUAUGUAUUCAAAAAAUAUUUUUAAAACACAAAAACAUGCCAAAUUACUAAUAACUUUAUAAAAUUGAUUUUAAAACAGCAUUUUUAGUUUGGAAAGAUCAAGUUCCUAGCAUAUUUUUGAGCAUUUUUUCCCACCUGUUUUUCUGUAAAAAAAAGUGUUGGAAAACUUUUCUUUGCAUUAUUUUUGAUAUGUAAAUUUAUGAGUAAAAUAGAAAGAAAUUGAGCAUUUUCUUGAGACAAUUUUGACUUGAUGUGUAUUUACAAUUUUGAAAAGAAUGAAAUAAUUUAUGAGUUUUUCAAAAAUGUGAACGUUUUUUUUGAAAAUCAUUUGUUUCAAGACUGAAUGUUCCUGAAAAUCUGUUUUGUAUUAAUAAAAAAU